AUGGAUUUCUGGAAGCUCAAUUGGAGCACAACUCAUGUCUCUAUACACCAUCUUCUAGUCUCGUUCUCUCAGCUCCAAAAGCAGAUCAUCGAUCUUGCCUCAACUCACUUCAUGCAUCUCCCCGUACGACCUCCUGCCGAAGAUCUUGCGCAAGUUCCAUCAAACCUUCCGUCCUUCCUUGGAGAUACUGCAGCGUCUAGACAAGUUCGGGCUGCUUAUAUAGCGCACACGAUUUCCAAACUGAUCACCUAUCGUGUCUUUGGUCCCUUCUUGUUCAGCCUAGGAACUCGGUACGACAAAGCGGAUUCUUUGUUCUCAUCGAUGAGCACCCAUAUUCGCGCAAAGAGCACUCGCAAGGAGGCGAUAUGGCGCCAGCAGACAUUGCUCGCUGCUUUCACUAGUAGUGGGGCCAAGCAACGCAUCAACACUGCGGCUGGUACCGUUGUCGAGGAAAUCGUGAACGCUAUUAAACAUUUUGCCGAUCCGAAAGAGGAAGAGGGCAUCAAACUUGCGGUAAAGCGAAUCGUCAAGGUGGCUGCUGAGACAUGGCGUUUCGCACGUCUUGAGCGCGAGAUGAUCACAGCUGUCAUGCCUGCAUUGGAAGACCAGGAACACUCCUUUACAGGGCCAGAGUACUGGCCUACCUAUAAACCUGAAGGCGACAGACCGGAAGGUACACUGAUAGGGUCCUUAGUUGGCGUCGCGCCCCAGUCUAACGAGCAGCCUCAACUCCUACUGAGGCUUUUCCCAGUCAUUUAUCGUGAGCCAAAGCACGAAAACUUCCAUCGAGAUGGGGAAGAGCGUGAUAAAGGUUGCAUAUUCCAUCAUGGAUUGGCACUGUAUAGUGAUGCAGAUGCCGUGGUCACGAGGACCGAGGAGCUUAAAUCUGCUGGUUUGCCGCCCUACACCACUGUUACGACGAGUCCGAGUGCUGAACAAGGCAAGUUUCCGCCGCCGGCAUGCCCCCCGCCACGCGAGCCUUUACCUUCCCCUCCCGCACUUCGUCGCUCCGUUCCCGAAAGCGCGAUCGAGGCGUCUGAAAUAGGGUCAUUGUUGGCGGGAUCCAAGUCGCCACCCCCUUCGCCAGAGAAGCCUGAAAAGACUUAUCGAAGGAAGAAGUCGACUCCUCCACCGCCUCCGUCUUCCAUACCAUCUUUUGAUGAUACGACACCAUACAAGCCGGUGACAGCUUACAAGCGUCCACCUCCGGCCCCGAGUGAUUUCGCUAGCCCGCGAAACCUCAUCGGUGUUUUGCCACCAGUCGAAAGUCUGGCUAAUUCGCAUCCACCGAGCUCGUUUUCGAGGACUUCAAUACCUCUACUAGGGUCAUCUUCGCCAUACUCUCAGAGGUCGCGAAAGGCUGCGCCUACAUAUCCUCCUCCUCCACCGCCGCCAGAGACAUCUCAAGAGACGUUCCCUGAGCCGUCGCCCAUGGAAAGCGCUGUUCUCCCAGAGUCAUAUUCAGAGUCUACUUUUGAUGCUCAAUCGACACUGGAUGGACCCGACACCUGGGAAUUGCCGACACCUCCUGAGUCUCGUUCGAGCUCCCCUGAGCGCACCAUCUCCCCUCUCCUUGAGGCAGUCGAUGAGAUUGAUGAUCUCCAAUCUCGCCGCAGUAGCCGUCCAACAACUGCGUCUUCCAGACGGCGCUCCACACUCACUCGCCGCUCUGUAGACAUUGGUAAGGAUGGAGAACUGCCUGACAUCAACCCAGAGGGCUCCGAGAUUAAACGCCGAGGCAGCACCUACACACCCAGUCAUCGAUCGACGAAAUCAGGCGACACUGACCGGACGGAGAGAACCUCAAAGUCAGAGAAGUCCAGUAAGAGUGGACGUCCCAAGUCUCACUAUCUGUGCGAGAGUCGCAGUGCCGCUGUCAAGGCGCUGUACCCAGAUGGCCCAUUGGCUGGAAGAAGCGCCGAUGUGGCAUCCAAAGGUUCCGUGAAGAGCGAGAAAAGGAGGGAUCGUGACAGUAGGGACUCGGCAAAGGAGUCUACCAGAGAUUCAACUAGGGAUACCAAGGAAUUGAGGAGAGAAAAGAGCGAGAGCUUCAUUCUAUCGGACAAUGGCACCUGGGAUACCAACAGCCAGAGUCGAGUGAGUGAGGAGGCGAAUCCUCCUACAACAGUUGUUUGGCAGCGUUUCGAGUAG